GUAAUUUAUCAUGUUUUGUGAAUUUUUAUUAACUUUGCUGUUUGUUUACACAUCAGCAGUUAUUAAUGAUAUGACUGAGAGUUCAUUUGGUAAACAUACUGAAGGAGUAAUAGCUGCAUUUGGUGAUUUCAAUUCUGACGAAUUAACUGAUGCUUUUGUUAUACUAAACAGUACUAGUGUGGAAGUUCUCCUGGCAUAUGACAAGGAGCCGUUCUUGAGACCAUCGUCGUAUGCUUGUAAUUUUAGCAAUAUAAUUAUAACCAGUGUGGUUCCUGGAGAUUAUGAUGGAGAUGCUUACAUGGACAUCCUAAUCACUACACAAAUCCAAAAUGCUACAACAAAUCUUCACGAUGUUCGAAUUUUAUGGGGUGGUAUGCCAACAUUGAACUGCUCAGAUGCUCUCCUCAUUAAGGCUAUAACCAUUGGCCAACCACUAGUGAUGGACUACAAUCGUGAUAUGACCCUUGAUUUAUUUGGCAUGAAUACACAGCAGCAAAGAGUUUAUUGGGUAUUUGAUCAGUCAAGAGGAACUCCUAAAGAAAUUCCAAUGGCCGAUGAUAUUUCGAAAGAAAUUAAACUACCACACUCCCACUCAUUUCUCGAUGUCAAUGAUGACAAUGCUGCUGAUCUCUUAGUAACCACUAAACUUGACAUUGAAAUAUGGCUGAAUAAAGAAUCCAGUGGCUUCAAAUAUAACAAUAGUAUUGAGUUGCUUGUUGGUCAUACAACUAUUUAUGGGCAAGCCUUGUUUAUUGAUGUGGCUCUUAAAGGAGAGUUCUUUUUAGUUCUUCCAGUUUGUUCUGACACUGAAUGUUUUAAUAGUACCAUUCUAAUAUAUGACAAUCAUGAGUGGCAUGAUCUUCAAAUUGAUUUGAAUGAUGGAAAAGGAACACUUUGGAGGUUUGCGCCUCCUAGAAAUGAAGUAUACCUGGACACUAUAACUAUGCGCAGUGGAGAUUAUAAUAUGGAUGGAUAUCCAGAUAUGUUGAUGACUUUGAGUCCAAUGAAUAGCAAUGAAACAAGAGUUUUCCUCCUUCACAAUAUACCUUGUACUUUGCCAGGAUGCAAGUUUUCUAGAACUUUUCAGGUCCAAUGGGAAAUAUUCAAUUCAUUUGGAAGCAAUGUCAUAAUGGGCACCUUUUAUGACUUCUAUAUGGAUGGAGUACUAGAUAUAAUUUAUGUUAAGAAGAAUACAACAACACAAAGAUAUACCAUGCAUGCCUUUAGAAAUAGCUUAGAGUAUGAUACCAAUUUCAUUAAAGUAAUUGUAGUAACUGGUCUCACAAAUGAAAAAACUCCCACAAUCAAUGGUACUCUGUACCAAAGGAAAGGAACAUUUGGUACUAAUUUACCAGGCCCAAAAAUUGGCUACAAUACAUGGUCUCAAGAAGGAAAUUAUAGAACAGGAGUAUGUGCACAGUUACCUCAAUCUGCAUAUUUUGCUUUACAAUUACCAUACUCAAUAUUUGGACUGGAUCGAACACCUAAUUUUGUUGACACAUUAAAUGUUGGACUUUCUGGUCAUACCAAAAGCUGGACUCAAAUAAUUCCUAAUUCUCAAAUAGUAGUUAUACCAGCACCUCCUAAUGAUCCAUCUCAAUGGAGAGCACAGUUAUUUGUGACACCUAGUAAGGUCAUUUUGAAAAGUGUUUUUGUAUUAACUGCAAUCAUAAUAGUCAUCACAUGCCUUGUGCUGUAUUUGCAUUGGAAAGAAAGAAAUGACCGACAAGAUAUUAUAGAAAUAGAUGAAAAAACAUAUGUCAAAAUAUAGAAGUAACAAUCAUCACUGGUAAUCCAAGGUUAAUGGACUGUGAUAUUGAUGUUGGUUAGGGCAUCACAAAUGUACCUUGCUAAUUUAAUUAUUAUUCCUGUUAAUAAAUAUGUAUAUUAUACCUACAAUAAAAUUAUGUUUAAGAUAAAUGUGUCUUCGAUUAACUGACAUUGAUUUUUAAGUUAUAUCAAAGCACUGAGACAAAAUAUAUUGUAUCAUGUCUGUUGAUUGAUUUAGAUGUAAGUGAUCUUUUUAUUAAAAAACCUUAUCU